GCUCUCAAAAAUGGGCGGGUGUCGACAGAAUGUGUACUGAGUAGUACUGUUGUAGUUUUUCCGCUCAGUCUUGCACUUUAGUUAUGGUGUGUUAGUUUCUCUACAAAGUGUUAACUGUUUUGGCACUAUUUUUUCCACCACAGGUGCUUCUAUUAUUAGAAGAUGCUCCGUGCGUGUAGAACGGUUGGGAAGGCCGUAUCUGAGAAGUGCCUAUGGAGUAAAUCUGUCAUCCGUCCACAGCAUCCUUGCCGAAGAUAUGCCACAUCAGGUGACUCUGGGGCCACAGCAGGCAAAAUUGUUGGUGCAGGCUUCUUAUUUGUUUGUGGAGGAAUUGGUGGCACUGUACUCUAUGCUAAAUGGGAUCCCAAAUUCCGAGAAAAUGUUGAGAAAUCCAUCCCUUACUCUGAAAGGUUCUUUGAAAUAACUCUUGGUCCUGCCCCAUAUGCUGCUCCUUUGCCAAAGAGGCCGAUAAAUACAGGCCCAUUACAGAUCUCCACCAUAACUGAAGCAAUGAAAGACUCUAAUCAACCUAAACCAAAAGGAAAAAAGGGCAAAGAUGAACUCCUACCCAGAUCUGCUGAAGACAGGAAAGGGGAAGAAGGAGCUUCAGCUGAUGCUGCUCAGAUCAUUUCUGCAACAGGUGAAGCUGCUUCGGUACCAGCCCCUGGACUGCAGGAGGACAAGGACCAUUUGCACAAGGAACACAAACUUUCUUCUUCAGGCCCUUCCAGUGAACCAUGUGAAGAAUGCUCUCAUGAAGCCUUACCUGCUGUAAAAGAAAGGCCACCUGAGGAGGUUGAAGCUCGAUUAGCAAAGCAAGAUAAAGAAGAACAGGAGAAGAUUACAGCUAUUAAAGCUGCCUUAGAAGAAGCUGUUACAAAUACUGCUCGUGUAACACUGCAGGCAAUAACUGCACAAGAUGGAGCUGUCCAAGCCAUUAAUGCCCAUGCAGACAAAUUGAAAGGUGCUAUGGAUGAGAGUGAGGUUUCUUCUGGAGUAAAGGCUGCCCAGUGGCGAUCUUUGGAAGAUGCACUGAGAGUUCGCAGUAAGGCAGUGGAUGAAGCAGCUGAUGCUCUAUUAAAGGCCAAAGAGGAGAUGGAAAAACUGCGGGUGACCAUUAAUGAUGCAAAGAAAAAAUGUAUUUCUGGUGUGAAGGCAAACAUUGUAGCUGCUGAGCAGAAUCUCCACCAUAUGCUGACUGACUUGGAUGAUCAAGUCAGAAAGGUGCAAGCAGCCCAGACUGAAGCAAAGAUAGUAGCUCAGUAUCAAGAAUUGGUUGCUGUGGCUAAGGAGCAGUUUCAGAGGGAGUUGAACAGCAUCACUCCGGAGAUGCAGCGUGGCUGGAAGGGACGAAAGGUUGCUGAUCUAGUUGGACAGCUUAGUAUGGAAGACCUUAAUUCUCUGAUUGGCCAUGCCCAUCGUCGUAUUGAGCAGCUGAACAGAGAGCUGGUUGAACAGCGGGUGAGAGAGCAGCAGCACAUAGAUGCAGCCCUUGAAAAACAGAAGUUGGAGGAUAAGCGAGCCCUUGAGGCUGCAGUGGCCAAAGCCUUGGAGCAUUACAAAUCAGAAAUUCAGAUAGAAAAGGACAAGAAGGCUGACGAAAUUAGGGAAGUAAUGGAAGGUGAGAUGAGGACCCAGCUAAAACGGCAGACAGCAGCUCACACAGACCACCUCCGAGAAGCACUGAAGAUACAGGAGCAAGAAUUGAAGGCUCUGCUGGAGCAGGAAUUGUCUGAGAAACUUUCAGAACAGGAAAUGCGCUAUAGACGACUUUCACAAGAGCAAGUGGACAAUUUCACUCUAGACAUGAACACAGCCUAUGCAAGACUGAAAGGAAUUGAGCAAGCAGUUGACAGUCAUGCAGCUGCUGAAGAAGAAGCCAGAAAAGCACAUCAGUUAUGGCUUUGCAUGGAAGGUUUGAAGCACACAAUGAAAACUGCUUCUAAUGAUAGCCCUACUGAACCUCUUGACCCAGCCAUCCAGGCAUUGGCAGUCAGUUGCCCAGAUAAUAAAUUCACCCAGGCCUUAAUUUCAGCACUUCCUCCGGAGUCCCUCGCACGUGGAGUCUACAGUGAAGAAUCUCUAAGAGUACGUUUUCAUAGGAUCCGUAAACAAGCAAGACAAGUGGCCUUGAUUGAUGAAACACACAACACCCUAUACCAGUAUUUCCUAUCUUACUUGCAGGCCUUGUUACUUUUUGAACCCAAGGAACGACUGCCACCAUCUGAGCUAAACCCAGAAGACCUGAACCCAUUUAAUCUGCUCUCAUAUGCCUCUUACUGCAUUGAGCGUGGAGACCUAGAGUUGGCUGCGAAGUUUGUCAACCAGCUACAAGGGGAACCAAGACGGGUAGCACAGGACUGGUUAACUGAAGCUCGUCUGACACUAGAAACUAAACAGAUUGUGGAAAUACUGUCAGCUUAUGCAAAUGCAGUAGGCCUAGGGACAACUAAAGUGGAAUAAGUUCUCUUUUUGUGGCUGACUUAUUAUUGGAAUCACUUGCAUUGAAUUACUUGUGUAUCACCUUCAGUUUAUUAUCAAGCCUAUACUUAACCAGUUAUAAAACAUUUUUUAGCCCAUUUGAUCAGUACUGCACUACAGUCUGCUCUUUGGCAUGUGGCCAGUGACCUCAGUGUUGCAACAUGGCUUUAAUGUUUUUUUUAUUUUAUUAUCACCACCACUUGAUAUAACAAUGUGUGUUUUAAUAAUCAGGCUUGUGAACAUACCAAAAUAUUUCAGUACGUCCAACUUAAGUUGCGUCCCUUUUAUUGAAUCUCAAUAAAAAUAGACAUUAAAGGCA